CUACCCUGUCUGCCUCUGAGCCUGCUGGGAGUUGUAGGGAGGGAGAAGCCGUCGAGGGGGAGAAGAGCGAGCAGAGAGGGGAGGUGUGUGUGUGUGAGUGUGUGUGUGUGUGACUGAGUGUGUGUGCGGGUCCCAAAACUGGAAACCACUACCAUAAAAAAAAAAAAAAAAGAAAAGAAACACACACAGUCUCUCACGGUGCAGGCGGACGGGUUGUUGCCAGUACUUUACGGAGAGCCGCGAGGAGACCCUGAAAGUUGCAUGAUUGUUUUUUUUUUUUCUCUCUCCUUCUUCUUCUGUGGUGGCAGCAGCGCUGUUGCGCCGCGCGGACUGCUCGAGUGGAUUCAUUGGUUGGAGCAGGAUUGCGCAUAGGCUCUGCCGUAUAUCCACCGCUUAUCCAGAGGGAAGAGGAACCAUGAACAACUAAAACGCGUUCCUCCUUGCUUCAAGUCGAGCGUGUUGCAGAGUUAAAACCUUUUUUUUUUUUUUUUUUUUUUAAAAGUGUAAAUUUGUUUUUCUUAUCUCGCGCUCCUUCCUCACUCUCUCGCGGUCGUUUUUCUCGCCCUGUAUGGGAUGCGUCGGCUGCUUUAGGAUCCCGCUUGUUGACAAACUGUUUUUUUUUUUUGGUUUUGUUUUAAACAAGAAGUUUACAACAAGCCGCGGACGCGAGAAGAGAGAAAAUGUCCACGCCGAGGUUCAAAAAGGAUAAAGAAAUCAUCGCGGACUACGAGAGUCAAGUGAAAGAGAUUCGGGCCCAGUUGGUGGAGCAGCAGAAAUGUCUGGACCAACAGACGGAGAUGAGGGUCCAGCUGUUGCAGGACCUCCAGGACUUCUUCAGGAAGAAGGCAGAGAUCGAGAUGGAAUACUCCAGAAACCUAGAGAAACUGGCUGAACGCUUCAUGGCAAAGACGCGCAGCACCAAGGACCACCAGCAGUACAAGAAAGACCAGAACCUGCUGUCCCCAGUCAACUGUUGGUACCUGCUUCUGAACCAGGUGAGGAGGGAGAGUAAGGACCACGCCACACUGAGCGACAUCUACCUCAACAAUGUCAUCAUGAGGUUCAUGCAGAUCAGCGAGGACUCCACACGGCUACUCAAGAAGAGCAAGGAAAUAGCCUUUCAGCUCCAGGAAGACUUAAUGAAGGUCCUUAAUGAGCUAUACACAGUGAUGAAGACCUACCACAUGUAUCACUCGGAGAGCAUCAGUGCAGAGAGCAAGCUGAAGGAGGCUGAGAAACAGGAGGAAAAGCAGAUUGGCAGGGGAGAUCCAGUCUUCAGCAUCCGAAUGGAGGACAAAUACCAGAGGCGCAGCUCUGUGAAGAAGAUUGAAAAGAUGAAAGAGAAGCGUCAAGCCAAGUACUCCGAGAACAAGCUGAAGUCGAUCAAAGCCCGGAACGAGUACCUACUGACACUGGAAGCGUCAAACUCCUCCGUUUUCAAAUACUACAUCCACGACCUGUCGGACUUAAUUGAUUGUUGUGAUUUGGGGUACCAUGCCAGUCUGAACCGGGCCCUACGGACCUACCUGUCAGCCGAAUACAACCUCGAGACGUCACGCCACGAGGGUCUUGACAUCAUAGAGAAUGCCGUGGACAGUCUGGACCCACGGAGUGACCGACAGAGGUUCAUGGAGAUGUACCCUACGGCCUUCUGUCCACCGACAAAAUUUGAGUUUCAGCCUCAUAUGGGAGAUGAGGUGUGUCAGAUCUCAGUGCAGCCACCAGUGAACGGAGAACUCAUCCUGAGGUUCCAGCAGCUACAGUCUCGCCUGGCUACUCUGAAGAUUGAGAACGAAGAGAUCAAGAAGACGUCAGAGGCCACCUUGACCACCAUCCAGGACAUGGUGACCAUUGAAGACUACGACGUGUCCGAGUGUUUCCACCACAGCCGAUCCACAGAGUCGGUCAAGUCCACUGUGUCGGAGACAUACCUCAGCAAACCCAGCAUUGCAAAGAGGAGGGCCAACCAGCAGGAGACUGAGCAGUUCUACUUCAUGAAAUUCCGGGAGUUUCUGGAGGGCAGUAAUCUAAUCUCCAAGCUGCAGGCCAAACAUGACUUGCUGAAGAGGACACUUGGUGAAGGCCACAGAGCUGACUACAUGACCACAAGACACCCCAAUGGGCCGCUCAAAACCCACACUGGCACCCGGCGGGCUAGACCCCGCUCUGUUUUUAAUGUUAGGUUAUUUAAUGGCAAUAUGGAGUCAUUUAUCAAGGACUCUGGACAGGCUAUCCCCCGUGUGGUUGAAAGCUGUAUUCGCUACAUAAAUCUAUAUGGCCUACAACAUCAAGGAAUAUUUCGUGUAUCUGGAUCCCAGCUGGAAGUCAAUGACAUCAAGAACUCAUUUGAAAGAGGAAACGACCCUUUGACGGAUGAUGAGAAUAAUCACGACAUCAACUCGGUGGCUGGCGUUCUCAAACUUUACUUCCGUGGUCUGGAGAACCCUCUUUUCCCCAAAGAGAGGUUCAAUGAUCUGCUGUCCUGCAUCAGAAUAGAGAACCUGUAUGAGAGAGCGCUGUACAUCCGUAAGAUCCUCCUGACCAUUCCUAGAUCAGUCCUCAUCGUCAUGCGCUACCUCUUCGCCUUCCUGAACCACCUGUCUCAGUACAGUGAUGAGAACAUGAUGGACCCAUACAACCUGGCCAUAUGCUUCGGUCCUACACUCAUGCCCACACCAGACAGCCAGGACCAGGUGUCCUGUCAAGCCCAUGUCAACGAGAUCAUCAAGACCAUCAUCAUCCACCAUGAGACCAUCUUUCCUGAUGCCAAAGAACUGGAUGGGCCCAUCUAUGAGAAGUGUAUGGCUGGAGGAGACUAUUGUGAGAGCCCCUACAGUGAGCAUGGAGCCCUGGAGGAGGUAGAGAAUGAGGGAGGGACAGAGACGCACACCAGCGAGGACGAGGGCGAACCCAUUGAAGCCAUUGCCAAGUUUGACUAUGUUGGGCGCUCUUCCCGAGAGUUGUCCUUUAAGAAGGGCGCCUCCCUGCUGCUGUAUCAGCGGGCGUCAGAAGACUGGUGGGAGGGACGGCACAACGGCAUCGAUGGCCUGGUGCCACACCAGUACAUUGUGGUCCAAGACAUAGAUGACAACUUCUCAGACACUCUGAGUCAGAAGGCUGACAGCGAGGCCAGCAGCGGCCACGCUGGAGAGGAUAAAUGCUCGGGAAAGGACAUCGGUUCACCCACUGACCCCAGGAUCUCUGAGGCCUAUAUUACCAGCAGGCACAAGAAAAGAUCAGAACCACCAUCUCGGCGGCCCCCUGCCCGCCCCAGCGAUGUCCACUGCAUGGUACAUCCCUCCCAGCAUGGUCAUGGAGGACAUGGAGGCACCCCAGAGAUGGGUUCCCCAGUUUUAGGCCACUUCAGCCCACGGGACAUGCUGCGGAGUCGCAACCACAUGCCCAUGGACAGUCCUGAACAUCGACGCCGCAUUGGCCAUGGCAGCCUGACCAACAUCAGCCGCCACGAGUCGCUGAAGAAGAUGGAGAGCCCCCCAAUCCGCCGCUCUACCUCUUCGGGCCAGUACACGGGCUUUACUGAUGCCCACCACAUCCAUGGCGGCAAGCCCCUGGAUCCGGAGACCAUCGCACAGGACAUAGAGGAAACUAUGAACACUGCUCUGAAUGAGUUGCGCGAGCUGGAGCGGCAGAGCUCAGCCAAGCACGCCCCUGACGUGGUGCUGGACACCCUGGAGCAGCGGCAGACCUCCGGCAGCAGCGGUGGCGGGGGUCCCACACCGGCCAGCUCCAGCGAGUCCCUAAGCCCCAUCCACGGCGUCAUGCUGAGGUCCACCGCCAACACUGAGCCACCUAUCCGCCGCAGCACCAGCUCCUCCAGCGAUACCAUGAGCACCUUCAAGCCUGUGGUGGCGCCCCGCAUGGGUGUGCAGCUCAAACCCCCGGCGUUGAGGCCCAAGCCCAUGGUCCUGCCCAAAUCCAGCCAGGCUUCACAGCCUCCAGCUGCUCAGGACCCUCUGGAUAAGUCCUGCACCAUGUAACCUCUGGGACAGGAAUCAGAGAUGUAAAACAAAAACUCUCAAUCAACUUCCGGGGAGUGGCUGCAAAAUGCCUAGAUUUCAUAGACAUACAACAAAUAAUAUCCUAGAGUGUGUAAAAUACAUAGACCUGGACAAUAAAAGAUGUUUCCUUGUGGUUUUGAAGCUGCGAAAGAGAUCAUAAAGAGACUGUAGGAGUUACAAUGUACACAGAUCUGUCAGUCGGACAAAUCUUCUGUUAAAAAAACCUGUACACAGUUAUGUGUUAAUAUGCUUAGGUUAAUGUUAUCUAACAAAUUUCUUUUUUUUUAACUCAAACAACAAAUCACAAAGGCUUCCUUCAAGGUUUUAGUAUAUGUUCACUAGUUAGUUUAGUUUACAGACAUUCAGAAACUGUAUCUUGAACAAAACACGCUGCAUGUACAGUAGCUCCUCUGUUUACCACUGAACCUGAACCUGGAGCUUGAUGGGAACUGUAGUGACCAGAGUGGCAUUCUCACACAUACAACUAGAUUAUGUAACUGUUUUGCUCUUAUCUAGGAGGGCCCUUGAAGGUUUUGCAAACAGGUUCAAAGGCCUUAUUGACUUUGGAUUUCCAAUGUUAAAUAUUAUAAAGGUGCUGUGACUACCUGGACUGAAAUGGUUUGAAGGUUGGACUGAUUACGGGCCCGAAGAGCCCUUAAUAACUAAUGGUACUUUGUUAAUAGACGAUAGGACUGAUAGCAGUAUGCUUUUUUCACUAGCGUGUAAACUCUGCAACUUUCUUUGGCAAGGCAUACCAUCUGUUGCAUCUCAGAAAUGUAUGAAGAUCACCUCUGUGCUGGAUCCACUUAAAUUUAUUUGAACAUAUUUCCAUAUUGCCUGGAAUUACAUAUGACUAUUGGAUAAAACCACUACUUCAUUAUGAACUUUGUUUGAACAUUUUGAUGCAUUGUUGAAUUCUUGCAUCAAUAACUCAUGAUGCAGGGAUAAAAUAUGCCUAAUAACUUAUGCCUUGGCAUCCAUGUAAUCUAUGGGGAGAAGUGUGAAAAAUCCUGAUGAUAAAUCAUCUCCUACCUGCAGUAUAUACAACACAUAUGCUAUUAAAUGGUGUGGAACACAUGCCAUAGCUUCUUUUAUGCCUUGCUUGGCUUUAUUUACCCAAAGACAUGACUGCAAGUUAAAGCAUGGAUGUUGACCCUCCAUAUAUGAUGUAGGCAUUCUUCACAUUGACUGAUGUACAGACUCAUGGCAGCGCCCUGUGGGAGUGCUGCCCGUAGCCAUGGACCUAAUGACUGUUAGUGUAAAAGCCUCCUAAUGUGUUCACCCUGCUUCCUAUGCUUCUCUUUGAAAACAGCAGCUUGCUUUGUGUCCCUCUAGUUGCUUUUAUGUUCAGGUGAGAAUGUCAGUAAUGUGGGGUUUUUUUUGUAUUGUUCUCUGACUGACACUGAGGCUUUCUCUGUGGAUGAUGACAUCUCUAAAUGCCGGACAUGUGAUAGAAAACACAUGGAACAGGAGGAAGUCUCACACGAUGAUGAACAGCAGUGUCAGUAUGUGUCCAGGUCGAGUAAUAAUUUCAAAUGCAAUAGCCCCAUACUGUGUGACUUCCCCCCUGUAUGUCUUUUCCGAAAUAACCUCUGUACUGUAGAAAUAACAGAAGUGGGUGCAUGUCCUGGGAAUGUUUGGCUAGCGUAAUAACACACAGGAAAGACUUGGUUUGCAAUGAAUAAGCAAUGCUCUCUAACAGCAGGUUUACACUAUCUUUGACUUGACAGAUAUUGUGUGUAUAAUAAUCAAAAGAUAAUUGAUUUUCUGAAUUACUAACUUGCAUUAUUUUUGUAAUCAUUUUUGUUAUGUUUGUUGCAUUUCUGGGUAGAAAUGACUUAGAACAAAUGAUGUAGAAUAAAUAUCCAGAUAUACAGUAUGAAGCCAGUUGUAAAAAAAUUAAUAAAAGUGUGCUCUGUCACUAUGUAACAUCAUCAACAGUAGGACUCAGUUAUGCCGUCUGUAGGCUUUAAGCUACUCUGUGGUGUUAUGUACAUCUGUAGUAUGUACUUGUGAAAGUGCCUUUGAAAAUGUUUUAGAGGAACUUCAGACAUUCUGUACCGUUGCAUUUUCAUGUCAGAUGCUGUUUUGCAGUGCAGGAAGAAGACACAUGAAUAAGUAAUGAUGCCAUUUUCCAAACAGUUAUAUGACAGAAUUAAUAAUAAAUAAACUGCUUACCCAUUGUGACAUUGCACUUUUAUGUAUAUAACUGUAUAUAUGGCAUGUAACAUCAUAACGUUUAGAGUUCUUUGAGGGCUUAUACCUCCAAGGAUUUCUUUCUAAUAAAGGAAAUAGUUUGUCGA